AGUCAACUCCGAGAUUGAUUAUCCUGAACUUGUUCUCAAAACAAAAUCGCGCUCGGGUCAUUCAAUCCUUCAUUGAAGUAGAUCAUAGGAUACCCCACCUCACUGCUGGAUAUCCAUCUUCUACUUCUCUGACAUCGGAUUCGGCUGUGCAAGCGGCAUAUAAAAGUUCCCUUUAUAGAUAACUCUGUCUGCUCUGGUCGUGGAUAGCUGAGACUAUUCACAAAAACUCCAAUACAUUAUGACAUCCACAUUCAGCUUCGGCUUUGCGGGGGACGAUAUCGACAUCGAUGAUACGGAAAUGAACGAGACUCACGAGACGAACAAUGACCAGAAUGCUGGUGCGGGUUCUACACUCCCGGAGCUGAUUCCAGCUAAGAAACAUGAUGUGGCUGAGUGGAUCCCUACACUCCCAUCUCAAAUCUCAUUCAACAAGCUCAGACUGCCCACCAAAACUACUGCUGCAAACCAGCACCUCACCCUCGCUCGUCGGGACAUCUUCGACAUCCGCGCCCAACUCAUGGCUGAGGAUACUCCCGACGAGAACAACGAGGAACUAAUCGCCGGUCUGGAGAAAGGCGACAUCAAGCCCAAUUUCUACGAAGGCGGGUUCAAGACCUGGGAGUGUGCCAUCGAUUUAGCCAAGGUGCUUGUUGACACCGACGAGCUGGCUGCGUCGACGGCUACUGGUGAUAGACAUAUCAUUGAGCUCGGCGCCGGCACCGCCAUCCCAUCACUAUCUCUCUUCGCCCAACUCCUCUCUCACCCAGCAUCAGGACAGAGAACCCACUUCACAUUCGCAGACUACAACUCUGCCGUUCUCCGUCUCGUUACUUUCCCUAACCUCCUCUUAACAUGGUAUCACUACACACAAUCUUCUCCCUCUCCCUCCCCGUCCGAAGGACAGUCAGAAGAAGACGAACUCCUCGACAUAACCCCCACCCUCAUCCAAUCCUUCCAAGAAGACCUCUCUGCCCGCGGCAUCUCCAUCUCCUUCAUCUCGGGUGCCUGGUCGCCCGCUUUCGUCGACUUGGUUUUCUCCUCCACCACUUCUUCCACCCAGGAAGUACUUUACUCCCAAACACUCGUCCUCGCCUCCGAGACUAUCUACUCGCCUGCGUCGCUGGGGGCAUUCUCCGAGACGUUGGUCGCCUUGUUGCGUCGUGCUGCGCCGGGAGGACAGCAGCAGAGCGCGGCGGCGUUGGUCGCGGCCAAGAAGGUCUAUUUUGGGGUUGGUGGGGGUGUCGAUGAAUUUUUGGCGGUUUUGGGUGGUGUUGCUGGGACUCUGGGGGUCGAGGUCGAUGUGCAGGAGAGGUUGGAUGUUAAGUCUGAGGGGGUCGGGAGGGUGGUUUUGGGGGUUAGGUGUGCUUAG